AUAUGGGGCUGCUGCAGAGUUGUUUUGCGAAAAAUAACAAGGUGGGAGUGAUGAAGGAGGAGGCGGAGGUGUACGAGAAGGUGCGCCGUGCAAUGGUCACUGAGGAUGUGACGGAGAAGAAAGGUGGGCUGGCCUUCGGUCUGAUGUUUGUCUCCGAGGAGGAGCGAAAGAUGCCACCACGCAGAUUGACAGAGCUCAAGAAAGAGGAUUUUGAAAAAUGGAGGGACGACCAGGAAAAGGUCCAGUCCCAGAAACAGAAGCUGGCUCAGCAGAGAAGGGAAGAGGCCCUCAUCCAGAAGAAGAUCGAAGUCGCCCAUAAAGAGAUGGAGAGGCUGGAGAAAUAUGUCAAUCUCAGCGUCCAAUAACACUCUUAUUACAAUUUACUUGUAAUAAACAACCUUGAUCCCAUCCUGUGUUAUUACAUUUUUAUUUGAUAUUUCCCCAAAAGGAAUUGGGAUUUUUAAGUGGUAUAUGAUAUGGUAAAGUGAUGCUGGUUAGUGUUCUGACUUCAAGUUUUUUAUUUGUAGUUGCAGUGAAAGAGAAUUGUGUUGCAUCGAAAUUGUAAGAAAUGAACAACAAAAAAACUCUUCGUAAAUUUCUUUAUUUAAUAACUACAUGUACAAGUAUAUAUAGGCAGGUAAGAGGAACUUGUAUUUAGCAGAAUUUCUCAUCGAAAAAAAAUUAAAAUGGAAAUGACUUCUAAACAAAAUUCUUGAACCCCAGCUCAAGAAUGUUGGUAAAAUAAGGACAAUGUUAUACAUAAGAAUUUUUUUUCUUGACUCUUUCACAUGUUGCAAGCUAACGGGCUAAAGAUUUUAACCUUCUUUUUUUUUUAUUUUGAAAAGGUAUGAAACUUUAGAAAUCUGAUGAUGAAUUCUGGACACGUAAAAGACAAAUUGAGUGUAUAACUUGAGUGCGCAAUGAGGCCUCAACCAAAUUGUAAAAUUUAAAACUCAUUUGCUGAUAGUUCUUGCGUUAAUUUACUGCUCUACAGGUCAUGCAAAGGGUUAAAUAGAAUAAAACAAUUAGCAGUUCAUCUUUACUCCCGACCAAAAAAAUGUACAAUUUACUAUAUCAGGAAUACUAUUUAGAUCUAUCAACCAUACUGCAUAUCUGUCUAUCUAUUUAUUAUACCCCUAUUCACUAAAAGAGGCACAGGAAUUUAUUGUAAUUAUUUACAUACAUUUCUGUGGAUUCUUUAUAAGGUUGUAUUUUAUCUAGGUAAACUUAAAGGCCCAUUAGUCUCUUGGAAUAAUUUUAUGUAUGGAUGAUUAAAUUUAUACAUUGUAGCAUCAUAGAGAACAAGA